AUGCGAUGCAACGAGAUGGAUGCGUCAUCAUUCUACGCGCAAGCGAGCCACGAGCUUUCACUGGGCGAUUUCACUCGCCAAAACCCACUCGACGAAGUCGCUCAAGAUGUUGUCAACACCAUGUUGCGUGCCGAGAAAGCCGGUUCGGAGCUGAGAGCCGAGCUCGAUACCGUUGUCGGCCCAUGCGGCUGGAAAGAAAAAUUGGCGGAGAGGGUGCUGGAGAAGUUGGGCGCAGCCUUGCAAGGCGCGCACGACAGACUUGGUCCUGCAGUCCGUGACGCCUACAACAAAGCAUGGCAGGCUGCGAACGAGAUUGAAGGCUUCGUCAUCCAGCAUCCAAUUAUGUGCACCGUAAUCGCGCUUGGAGUCCUUGUCGUCAUCGCGCCUUGGGCGAUUGAGGCAUUGGGCUUUGCAGAGCCGGGACCUGUGGAAGGCUCCUUUGCAUCCUGGUGGCAGUCUACCUACGGCGGCUUGGUGCCCAAGGGAUCGUUGUUUUCUUUCUUCCAGCGCUUGGGCAUGGUGUGGUUGCGGCACUGA